AUGGUGCGUCAGCUGCACGACGGUAUGAUGGCGCGAGUCACGGACAACGGAGCUGUCUCAGAGGCAUUCGCAGUGACCAACGGAGUGAAGCAGGGCUGUGUGCUGGCGCCUACCCUCUUCAGUCUCAUGUUCUCUGCCAUGCUGAUGGAUGCCUACCGCGACGAACGCCCCGGGAUCCGCAUCGCCUAUAGAACGGACGGUCAUCUCCUGAAUCGCCGGCGCAUGAACUUCCAAUCGCGUGUAUCCACAGCCACCGUGCACGAACUCCUCUUCGCCGACGACUGCGCCCUGAACACCACCUCAGAAGUGGAGAUGCAACGGAGCAUGGACCUAUUCUCCGCCGCCUGCGAGAACUUUGGGCUGGUUAUCAACACGCAGAAGACGGUGGUGAUGCAUCAGCCGCCUCCCAACUCAGCCACAGCCCCCAACGCGCCGCAAAUCAACGUGAAUGGGACUCAACUGCAAGUGGUAGAGAACUUACCGUAGCUGGGCAGCACGCUCUCCCGCAACACCAAGAUCGACGACGAAGUCGCCAACAGGAUCUCGAAAGCCAGUCAAGCCUUCGGUCGCCUCCAAAGCACAGUUUGGAAUCGUCAUGGUCUCCAACUGAGCACAAAGCUGAAGAUGUACAAGGCCGUCAUCCUGCCGACGCUACUGUACGGAGCGGAGACCUGGACGGUGUACACGAGGCAGGCACGUCGACUAAACCACUUCCACCUCAGCUGUCUCCGCCGCAUCCUGAGGCUGAACUGGCAGGACCGCAUCCCCGACACCGAAGUGCUGGAACGGACGGGAAUUCUGAGCAUCUACUCCAUGUUGAGACAAAUGCAGCUGCGCUGGAGCGGCCACCUGGUGCGCAUGGACGACGAGCGACUACCCAAACGACUCUUCUACGGAGACGUCGCGACGGGUUCUCGCCGUCAAGGAGGCCAAAUUCGCCGUUACAAGGAUACCCUGAAGUCCUCCCUGAAGCGCCUGCAAAUCAACCCGACCAACUGGGAAGAGCUCGCUCGCGAUCGCCCGACAUGGAGGAGAACAGUGAAGACGGGCGCUGCUAUCUACGAAGCCAACCGCAUCGCCGCCGCCAAANCCUCUCAUCCAGGGGGCCAAUGUUCUUGA